UAGUGAAAUUCCAUGUGCUGCUGCAUGCUGUUGGCUGUUGCUGUUGCUACCUGGUAGCUAUCGUAUCAGGCCAUCACAGUGACAACACCAUGCAUCAGGUAUUCAGCUAGUGGGAUCCGUUAUCGAUCAGUACUUCACCAACCCACGGCACAGCACCGCGAGCCGCCUAUAUAAACACAGGCUGCUCCUCGCACAGCGAUUCAGGUAGUUUUUUUCUUGAGGAGAACACACUUCUCGUGCUUGAGCUGAGGAAGUAGUCUGGCGAGCUAGUAGCUCUGCAGAAAUGGCUGUUGAAACGGGCGGGAUGUGGACGCGGUACGCGCCGCACGUCCUGAUGGCCCUGGCGCAGCUGAGCUACACGCUCAUGUACUUCAUCACCGAGGCCGCGUUCAACCGGGGGCUCAACCCCUACGUCUACGUGACCUACCGGCAUCUGCUCGUCGCUGUCCUCCUGUGGCCCGUCGCGUACUACCAUGAGAAAAAGUUGAGGCCUAAAAUGACAUUCAUGCUGUUUAUGGAGAUAUUUGUACUCUCGCUUCUGGGAGUGAGCUUAACUCUGAACAUGUACUUCGCAAGCUUGAAGUACACAUCUCCGACGUUUGUCGCUUCCAUGGUGAACACCGUCGCUUCAAUGACGUUCGUCAUCGCAAUCAUCCUCAGGAUGGAGAUUGUGAACGUCAAGAGCCUACGCGGGCUCGCGAAAAUCGCGGGGACCGUGGUGUCGUUCGCCGGGGUGACCACCAUGACUCUGUACAAAGGAGCUGCAAUAACGAGCCUUUGGAAGUCUUCUAUUCACAUACACGGCGACGGCGGCAGCGUUGUGCAUGAGAGUUGGGUGAAGGGAUCAAUCCUCGCAGUGGCCAGCUGCAUCUGCUGGUCAAUCUGGUACAUCAUGCAGGCGUCGUCUCUGAAGAGGUACCCGGCCCAGCUCUCGCUGACGGCAUGGAUGUGCACGGUUGGGGGAAUACAAUCGACUAUUUUCGCAGUGUUCAUGCAGCACAAGCCGGAAGACUGGCUCAUCGGCUUCGGCCUCAAGUUCUGGUGCAUCGUGUACUCGGGACUCUCCUGCAACGGCUUCACGGUCUUCGUUCAGCUGUGGUGCACUGAGAAGAAAGGCCCCGUCUUUGUCACCAUGUUCAAUCCCCUCUCCACGAUCAUGGUGGCGAUUCUGGCCUACUUCAUCUUUGGUGAAAACCUAUACGUUGGAAGCAUCAUCGGAGGGGUGGUUGUGAUUACGGGCUUGUACAUGUUGUUGUGGGGCAAGGACAAAGAUCAAGAACACGGCGCGAUCAAAGAGCAGGAGUUCGAGCUGGACUGCGAGACGCAGGCGAAGGUAAGCGAUGCCUAUGCGGUGCAGAACGAAACCGAAGCACCAAAGACGAUGAAGUGAAGGGAUCAUAUGUUGCUCAAGAGCAUCAGCUAGCUUCAGCAUCGUGCCGCAUUCGUUCGGUUUCUGAUGUAGAAAUUUCAUCGAUUCUCACCUCAACUAUGCAACACGGCAAGAGAUUGUGUGACAGACAUCUGUUGUGUGGAUCCCAGGGGAAUGCCAAAUUCAGUAGUCUGUGACCGUGAAGUCGAGCAUACCAGUUCGGGCAGCUCGUAAAGCUGUGUUGCAAUCGGUUGUUCCCCACGAUGAAUCCGUGCGUUGUUUGGCGAAAUUCGCCGUGUUUGCCGUGUCAAAAAUCAAAAUAGACAACUCUUUGAGAAACAGAAA